GGUUUUACUCCUACUUACAAUUUCCACGAUUAUCCCAUCGGCUCCGACAUCUUAAACAAGUGACUGCUAUUUUGGUCCUCAUUGGUUAAUUAUUCCCUUGGUAUUUCAUUUUCUCCGAGACCUGGUACCAUCCAGCGAGAGCCCCACGGCAGAACCAACCAUCGGGUUGACAGCAGAAAAAAGAACACAGGACGUCAUGCAAGCUUUUCACUCAUAAACAAAUAAACAUUAGCGACGACGGACUCAUCCUAUCCUGGAAGUGUCCUCGCGCGCGCACAAUUAAUCGGCGACCAUGCCCCCCUCUACCGUUUUCUCCUACUGGCGACGGGAUCAUCGCCGGUCGAGUGCGUCGCCGGUGCCGCAGCAGCAGCAGCAGCAGCAACAACAACCGCAACAGCCCGCUUCCUCCCCCUCCUCGAAGAACAAUGUGGACGAGAAUCCUCCCCAGCUCCCGGUUAUACCGAAUACGCCGGACUUGUCGAUGGGCCUUGGCGAAUCUGACGGAUCCGGGUCGCAAACGGCCCAACGGGCUUCGGAGGAGAAUAACCAUUGGGAUCAGGGUCAGGUACAGGCAGAUAAGUUGAAUGUGGUCGCUCCCUCGGGUAGUUCCAGGGUGCUGUCGCCAUCAGCAACCAACCUCACCGUGCCAUCGUCGUCGCUCGAGAAACAGACCCGACCUCAUUCGAGCCCCGAGGAGCGGGAGAGAGCGGCGUCGGUGCUCACUGUGCAUUCGAGCAACUCGCAGCUAUCGUGUCCAGGCCCGCGUGCGGAAUUCGGUGAAAGCGACUCGUCCUCGUCGAAACAGAAUUCGCCAUUUCGGCUUUCGUUUGGGAAAGGCAAUACGUCGUCGAGCGAUAGUCAGAAACAGCCGCCUACUUCAGCGCCGGGGACAGCUGUAUCGGGUUCGUCGCGGUCCAAUGCUCAGUUUAAGGCUUCACCAGAUGUUUCCCCUGCGGAAAAAUCAAUGCUUUCGCAUAAAGAGAGCAAAUUGGACAGGUCGAAUAGUCGUCGACAUGCAGAUCGGGAUGGGUCGUCGGAGCAUCAUCAUAAGUCGGGGAAGGCGAUGCUUCAUCUCCUGAAUCCUAUGUCGCUUCUGGCGCGGAGACGGUCAUCGCGGUCUUCUCGGAUGGCUAGUUCCCGGGCCGAUGACACGAAAAUCGGCGUUCCAAAUCUCGUUCCUGCAAUUCCGGAUGACUAUGACCCUAGAAUCCGUGGGAAUAUUGUGCAUGAUUUUUCUGCACCACGGCCGCGUCGGAAUAUAUCUACUGCGCCGAUCCUUGCGCAGGAUGCGGCUGGUGCAAAUGAUCCGCCCCAGAAUGGACAUGUAACUGAACAGUCGAACCAGACGAGCGAGCAGAAGACCAGACACAAUGAGCACCCUCCUGCAUUCAAGGAGCAUUUUGAGGAAGACAAAAAUGCAUUGCAGGUUGAAAACAAAGGAUAUCUGCAGUCGCCCUUGUUGAUGAACCCAGCCCAUCAGGACAAUGAACAUUCGCUCCCUGUGUUUGCAAGGAAUUUGCCGUCAAAGAUUCCUGAACGUGAUGAGGGGCAACCAGCUGAACAGCAACAAGAACAGCAACAGCCUCCGCAGCCACCGCCACAACAACCUCAGGAGCAAGCUGUGCUAGAUCCCGAACCUGCGCCCGAAUCCGUUAAGAAGGGCGAACUUCCACCGGUUCGCGAAGAAGAGGAUACUGUGGUCGAAAUGCCGCAGCAGCCAUCGGGGCUACCACGGCACUUGAAGAGCAACGCGUCAAGAUUCAGUUUUGAUAUGACUGGCAUGGAAUCUUCGGUCCAGGAAAAGCUUUUGGAAGAGAAACAUAAGGAGAAAGAAGCAGAGCGCAGGGCCAAAUAUGGAACUGACGACGAGGAAUAUAGCGAUGAAGAUUUCGAUGAAGACCUUUUGGAUGACAUGGAUGGUCUCGAAGAGAAGAUCCCUGGUGUCAAUACGGAUGCCGAUGAAGAUGAACUUGUCUCUGGGUCUGGAACUAUGAUGAUGAACAAAUCUUGGCUCUCUCCCGGGCUGUCUCCGAUUAUUGGCAGCCCGGCUAGUCCUGCUAUCCCGAACCAGGCUACUCUUCCCAUGCAGGGAGCUCCAGUUCCUGCUGAGCUGCUGCAGAAUCCUUCCCACUCUCCGUCUCUCUACGAAAACACUACACCAGGGAACAAUGAUAUAAAUAUACCACAGCAGCAGAUGAACGCAGGAGCGCCUUCGACUGGACCAGCCCCGGUACCCCUUGGAAUGAACCCUGGCACAUCACAAGUAUUGGAGGACGAUGACGAUCUAUACUUUGAUGAUGGAGAAUUUGGUGAUCUCGAUGCGGAUGUUGGUGAUGAGGGUGAGAAGUUCGACGAAUCGAUCUUCGAUGAUGAGACGAGUCACCUAUAUGACCGCAAGAAGAAAGCGGCCCCUGAAAUCAGCGGAGAGCAACAGGCAACACGACUCGAGGAUUCUUCAUCUGAAGAAGAGGAAUUUACUGGAAACCUGGCAGGUCACACAGGGGCACUGGGACAUGCACCUAGUAUGGCCAGCAAUUAUCGAGUAGGGCUCAAGACUUUUGGUUCUCUUUCUGAACGAGCACGGGAUGCCGGGUCUGCUAAGGUCCAUGGCGGAGUACUCUCCGAACACAACCUUGAGGCAUUGCACAAUGCCCUGACCAAAGCAGCAACUGGUAAUGACCGAUUUGAACGAACAGACAGCAUGAGUGAUCGAUCUAUGGACCAAGAGAGCGCGGCUCAGACAGCACAAACAGUAGAGUCUCACUCGGGACUGAUAUCAGAUAACAGUCGCUUGAGCCAGGCCAUCGAGCCAUUCGGCUCAGAAGAAGUUCUUGAAGAUUUUGACUACGACGACUGCGAUGCCCUAUACGAUGACCCCAUUAUUGCGGCGGCCAAUGCAGAAGCGUUGGAGAACGAUGACGAUGGGUUCUAUGGUCAAGAAUUUGGCUUUUAUGCACAUUCCCACGGGAAUAGCGAGUUGGAGCUCACCAAUGGUGGAUACUUUGGCCCACGUGGGGUGGAAGGUAUAUCGCGGAGUUUCAGCAGCCGGGGUAAAUUCCGGGAACCCAGUUUGACCCCCAUCACUGAGCGGAGUGAGCGAAGCACGCGCAAUUCGGUUAUCUCGUUGACAGCGGCACAUGCCCCGGGCCAUUCGAACACGUCCAUGUCGAGUCCCGGGUUGGCGCAAUUGGUUGAUUUGGGCAAUCUGGAUGACGAGAUGUCACUCAGCGCACUGAUGAGACUCCGCCGGGGAGCCUGGGGUGGAAGUAAUGGCAGUCUCCGCAGCAGCAGUGCCAGUCCACCCCCGUUUGCUCACCAGCCGCAUUCCUCAUCGAACCGGGGUAGUUUCACCGCGCUUUCCGAUGCAAGCCCGACUAUCCCGACGAUCCCAGCCGAUGUCAUCUGGCCCGGAAACGGCAGUGCGACUGGAUCCCCAGUUCGGGAACUCGAACGGAACGGAUCGUCGACAGCCAGCCCGGUGUAAAUUUGGUAUUUUAUAUUUUGAUCUAUGGAGUAUAUGUAUACCCGUCUAUAUCUACCGCGAUGCCUAUUCUACGACCUAAUGAGUUCAUUUGUAUAUUUGGUUUUGACAUUCAGCGCAUCUUUCUUUUUGUUUCUUUUCAUCUUGCCUUCUAUCUAACACACUACUGUGAAUUGAUCAAGCCCGGCUGUAUAUAGCAUAGUGUCUAAUACAUAUAUCCUCCCGCAAUGAUUGGC